GCUGGAACCUUGGAUCACCCGAGGGAUUGAGUGCCUGAUAACCAAUAUCACACCAUCGUGUCCGUUAAGCCGAUUUGCAUCCUGGAAAGCUUCUCGCUCCCCAACCACGAAGUUCAAUCCUACCCAUGGCUCUUAACUCCCAAAUAUUUGCAUUCUCAUAUCCGAGAUAGAUCUUCCCGUUCCAAACGAUACGACAAAUCGCCAAAGCCCUGACGCAAGGGACUUUCUUUGGAACGACAAUCCCCAUCACGUCAUUCCAGCCCCGCCAUUCGCAAUGAAGGCGACUUCCGACAGCAGAGAAUCGCAAAUUACACUUUGCAAAUUACACGGGAGACCGGGUUAUCGUCAGUGGACGAUUUGUAAUGGUUCUUGUGGCGCUUGAGCGGAGGGCGUAUCCAUUGGCGAUGCAGGCACAUCGACUGAAAUAUACUCCAUGCCCAUCUGGAGUGACCUAUUUCUGUUGAAUAUCACCAGCAUAUCUCGUUGAACUGCAGUAACCAUGACCACGAUAUCGACUACGUAUGCUCCAGCAUCGCUGGACGAAAAGCACCACGCCGUCUUCCACCACGAACUGGUAAUCGAGCAACGACCGGAGUAUACUUAUAAUCCCACCUUUAUACAUUCCCGUCCAGUCGAGACCAUCAUACCACCGCAGCCCCCGACCACUCAGAAUGCACUGCUACUCAAGGCCGCGCGCGAGCAAUAUACGCUGGUCACCGAUCAUGCCAUUCCAUCCACACGGACCAAGGAUGAGAUCCUAGUCAAGAUUGUAGCGAUCGGCCUGAACCCGAUCGACUGGAAGGGCCCGGCGUUCAACUUCGGUAUCCCCAGUCUUCCCUGGGUCAAUGGACGAGACCUUGCCGGCGUGGUUGUACAAGCAGACGAAUCGGCCCGUGUGAAGCAGGGCGACCUCGUCCUCGUCCCAUCCACCGACUAUCGCGACAUCCGCAAAGCUGCCUUCCAAGAGUAUGCCGUGGCGACCCAUUUCAACGCGGCACGGAUCCCCUCCACGGGAUGUGUCCAUGCCUCGGCGUCGCUAGGAGUUGCCUUUGUGGCCUCGGUGCUGGCAUUGGGCGUGUCCCUGGGUCUUGAUCUGUCGCGGGCCUCACCAUCUCCCGGACCCAACUUGGUGGACGUGGUACAUCAAAUCAACAGAGAGGAGAUCCCGUCGGACAUCCAGGAGCAGUGUUUUAAAUCCUCGAAUAAGGUUGAGCAACCGCAGAAGGGCGACUGGAUUGCCAUCUGGGGAGCAUCCACCACGACGGGGUACAUCACCCUCCAACUGGCACGGAUGGCCGGUCUCAGAGUCGUCUGUGUCGCCGAUAUUGCCCGUCACGGCGCAAAGCUCAUUGAACUGGGCGCCGAUGCCCUUGUCGACCGUCACGACUCACAACGCGCCGUGGAAAUCAUCCGCGGCAUCACCAAAGGGAAGCUCCGAUACGCCAUUGACAUUGUCGGCAAGGAUACGGCCACAAUCCUACAACAAGCACUGGAUGACUCGCCAAGGGAGGACGGAUCUCAUGCUCAUCUCCUCGGACUGACGGGUCUGCCCAAGGAGAAGGGUGAGAACAUCACGCACCACACCGUUCCUAUUAAAUUGUUUCAUUCGUCCCCUGCCGUCGGCGAGGCAAUGGUAUCCUGGCUAGAGCGACUACUCGGCUCGCAUACUCUACAAUUGCCGGAAAUUGUUCGGGCAGAGGGCGGAUUGGCUGGAAUCAAUGACUCGCUGGAGAUUCUACGGCAGGGAACGGCAUCUGGAAAACGCAUCGUCGUCGAUCUGGGGGCAGAGUAAAAUUGCUUGCGGUUUUCUUCUGGUUCAUGUUGAUACGCUAUUAUUAUGACUAUGUAGAUAGACAAUUUAC